UGGAUAGUGAAGGUUCAGGAUGGUAAAAAUCUGUUUGUGGCAACAAGGAACGCAGUUGCAAGCGUGUCGGACCGGUGAACAGUACUAAAUGCGCUGAAAAAGAACUCAGUACCACGCGCACUAUUUGAAGUAUGUUUAAAGAGUGAAACAAGUGGUGUUAGUUAUUUUUUUCACACACUAGUGUACUUACUUGUCAAAGGAAAUGUCGACCAACAACGAAGUAGACCCCCAUUUAGAUUUAGGAGAACCACCAGAAGAAGUAAUACAAUGGGCGAAGGAAAACAUCCAUGAAAAUCCAGAUACCAGGUGUCAAAUGAUAUCUGACCUUAGGGAUAUGAUAUAUGCACGUGGAGAAUGUACUCCCCACCGGUCAGAUGACGCCUUCCUACUACGAUUUCUUCGAGCCAGGUUUUUUACGAUAGAAAGGGCCCACAGACUUGUUGUAAACUAUUACGAUUUUAAAGAAAACAAUCCACAAUUCUGCGAAAACAUAGAUCUAGACAAACUAUCAUGCACAGGUGCCGAGAAAGUGAUUACCGUGCCACCCUAUCGAGAAGGCAGUGGCAGAAGAAUAAUGCUCUACACGGUGCGCGGUUGGAAUCCAGAGGCCAUUAUGCUUGAAGAGGUAUUUCAAGCGACGAUAGCGAUUUUGGAAAUGGCAUUGAUGGAAGAACGGGCACAAAUUUUGGGUGGAAUUUGCAUUUUUGAUUUUGGAGGACUUACCAUGCAGCAAGUUUGGCAUUUGACGCCGAGUUUCGCUCACAAAAUAGUACAAAUUAUGGUGACAUCCUUUCCUUUGAGAAUUCAUGCUUUACAUAUUGUGAAUCAAUCAUAUAUAUUUGAUGUUGUUUACAACAUUUUUAAACCUUUCUUGAACGACGCGAUGAAGGAAAGGAUCUUCUUCCAUGGAGAGGACAUGGAGAGUCUUCAUAAACACAUCGAUCCAAAAUAUUUGCCGGAAAAAUAUGGAGGGAUACAUCCUGAAUAUAAUUAUAGAGAUUGGAUAGAGAGUUGUAAGGAAAAUAAGAAGAUUAUUGAGGAAAUGAGAGGCCUGGGUUACGUGGUUUCUGAAGAUGAAGUAAAAGAUAAAGCCCAAAUAAAAUGAUAUUAAUAAAUGUGAUGUGAUGAUAGUUUUUUUAAAUUAAUGAACCGUAUCAUACGAUAUAACGUUAGAUACAAUUAAAUUUCCGGUAUUAUACUUAUUUAAGUUAAGUAAGUUAGUAUUUUGACAUGAUACUUUUGACAUUCACAUGAGAAUAAUCGGAAAAAUAUGUAACUACUUAACAUUUGUUUCCACAAUUUUGUAUGACGUUUGAAAAGAUAAUUGGUGGUUUGUUAAACCUCUGUACCAAUUGUGACGUUGUACCUAUUUGUAAUUUAGAAAUCCAGUGGUUUAUUUAGAAAACAAUAAGAAAAGCUUUAUGUUUUUAAGAACUCUUAGUUGUUGUAGAAAACGAUUGAAUCAAUACUUUAUAAUAGGCUUAUAUUUUAAAGAAAUAAAUAUGUAGAUCAAUACUACUAUGAACUGAUAUUAAAUAUUUAAACAGUGUAAUACCACUGCUGUAGUCUUUAACGUAUAGUUAGUUCAUAAGAUUGCUUUUAUGUGUUGCCAAUUAUGGCUAAUUCAGUGAAAACUUGUCAAAACAAAUUUGUCGCAUAUUUCCAGAUUUAUAGCUUUUUUUUUGUGGUAUAACCAAAAUUUAAUCAAUAGGCUAACUUUCUUCAGUCAUACUUAUUUGUAAGUUUGAAUAUAAAAAUUGAAAUUUUGUAUGUAGUUCCUAGAACGCUCUCCAAAAUUUGGCUGAGCGUCCCCAUCUACAAUUUGAUGAUAUCACUACAAAAUUUUGCAUGGUAAUUGCUACUUAAAUUUUAUAACAUUAUCCUUCUUGUACUUGUGGUUUAUGAAUCCGUCUUAAUUUACUCUAGGCAUCCAGAGUUUCGCAAAAAAAUCAACAUUUUAGUUAGAGCCUUGUCCUAAUAACGUAAAGGUUACUGGUUUGAUCCCUUCUUGGGCCACUUUUAUUUUCUUGCACGGUGACUGGUAUCCACUUUUCUUUCUAAAAAACUGAAUUUGUUUGAUUAUAUUUCAGGGUGGAGAAAAUUUCUAACAUAAGACCGGUUUUUUAAUAUCUCUCACCGUAAAUAAAUUUUACUAGGAUGAACAUAAUUUGUGACUGAUAGGAAUCUUUUGUAGGCUUUGAACUUUUCAACUAACGUUUGUCCAAGUCUUUGCUAAAAUAUUAGAGAAUAACGAGAAAAUAUAGACCCAAUACGUGGUAUCUUACUUGAAACAGAUAUACUUAUAUUAAAAAUUUAAACUUGUAGGUUUUUGUUAAUUAAAAACAAAUGAGAAAAGAAAUACAGGAAGAAAACAAACUUAUAACAAUAUAUGUACGUAAUACAAAUAUUUUGAAAAAAUCUGUGAUGCCGUGAAAUGUAAUACUCCUAUUUAAUUGAACUGGAGUGUAUUCCACCUAUUUUUUUAUAUAGUUGCUCGCUGUGUUACUUAAAGUUUAAAAAUUAAUGUAUGAAAAUUCUAUAAUUAAAACUUGUAAGGUAUGUAAGUAAAUAUAUUAAAUAUUUAUUCUUCAUUUAAAAUGUAUGUUGUUUUAUUAAAAAAAAACAUUAAAUAAAACAGAUUCGUUUAUUUAAUGAAUAUUGUUUACUUACUGUCUCUGUGUACAUGUUCGCCUUGAAAUAUUUUGAUCCGCAGACUACUGAUUUUGGAGUAAUUAUAUUAUUUUCUAUUCAGUUAGAAAUAGCUUUAAUUUUAGUGUUGUAUUUUCGACCAGAUUUAAUAAAGUGAAUAUUUACAUU